AAUUUUUUUUUAGGAGUGACCGAAACCUGUUUGCGUAAUUGCCCAAACGAGAAAAAAAAAAUGCUUACAUGCAUAGCGCGUUCGAAGCAAGGUGGGGGUGAUGAAUCGCCGUCCAUCGAUCAUAAUCACCACCACCACCACCACCACUCUGUUGAAAAGAUCAGCAACUCCGACGGCGGCGUACCUACUAAGCAGGCCGUUAGAACCCUCACUUCUCAGAUCAAGGAUAUGGCGCUGAAGGCGUCGGGUGCGUACCGCCACUGCGCGCCGUGCGCGAAUCAGCCGGCCGCGCAGCCGCGAAGAAACGGAUCCUCUAAUUCCGGGUCGUUGCAGGAGGACUGUGGAGGCCUGUGAAACAAGCUGGGUUUGGUUGAUUCGGAUCCUCCAAUUCCGGGUCGGGUUUCUUCCUGAAGUUGUGAAGUGAUUGGGGUCGGCCGGAUUUCCGGGCCGUUGAUUUCCGAGCAUUUGUUGGUGAUGCGGGAUAGGAAUAUCGAGCGUUCGGCGAAAGGGGUAAAAGUUAAAGGGGCAAAAUUGGUAUUAUCAGAGGAAUAUUCGGCAGAAUCAAAAAGAUUCUAUCGAGUUUAACACCGUUAGAGCGAUUUGUAAGAUGUCUGCAUACCUCAAGGGGGGUUUUCGUAAUUACGAGAACGUGGGGGUAUUUCCGUUAUUCAGACUUACCUCAGGGGGGUUUUGGUAAGUCGCCCUAUAAUUUAUCAAUGUUGUUAGAAUCGGACCGGUCGAUUCGACCGUUAUCUGCCAUAAAAUCAGUUCGCUCUAACCCUCAAAACUGGAGAAAUUAUG